AUGGCCAACGCGGGCUACACGUCGCCAUUUCCGACCUCCCACGAUACCAUCGGGCAGUCAACCCUGGUAACGCCCCUAUUUAUGCCGUCUUCUCCACCACAGCAACCUUCGAGUCCCGCGACGGAAGCACCAGAAUCCCCACCACGUCCCGAGAGCCCGGUCUCCGAACCCUUCGAUCCUCAUGAGCAUGAAAAUGAUGAAGCGCAUGUUAGCGAUAAUGAGCAUCACCAUGAAGAUGAGCUACAGGAACUGUCUCGCCCUUCGACCCCCGGUAGUCCCUCCGCUUUCGAUUUGGAUGCACGCCUCGCCGACUACACUUUGGACUUCAGCCAGUUCCCAAGCAGCAAGUUUCUAGACGGCAAGGACGGGCCCCCGCUACCAGAGCCAAGCGAGGAUGAAGACAAGCUGUCCGAUGUGGGCGGUCCAGAGGACUUCACGGCAAACAUGGAGAGAUACUUAAUGGGUGAUGGCAUGUCGAGCUCCCGGAAAAGCCGGGCCAACGACCUCAGCGAGCUCCCCGGAUCUGCGUCGCGAUAUAGUUCUAUGAGGUUACGACAACCGGCCGUUGAAGAGGAUGCGGAGCCUGGCGAAAUCAGCGAAUUUGGGCCCCCGGUCGAUAUGUCGACCCCGUCACAUUUAUUGCACCGGACUAGCGCGCUUGCUAGAGACUCAACUCAACUGGAAGACAUCGAAGAGGAUCCGGAUGAUGAGCUUUCCACUCCUGCGUCUCCAUCGGAACGCAGAAUCUCGACAAUCCCGGAAAAUGAAGCAGACAACUUGGAGCGGCGCUUACAGCAGCGCAUUGCCGAGUUAGAGGAGGAGGUCCACAACCGAGAUGAGCAGCUGCAUAAGAACCGAAAGCGAGUGCUUGAGGCUGUUUCUGCAGGAGAACAAAUCCGGCAUCUACAAACGGAGCUUCAGCGCACUAAUGAGCAACUGGAAGAAAUGCGUGCGAGGGGUGCAGAAGAAGCAAAGCUUCGUGAGCAAGUAGAGUCCCUCCAGAGACAGCAUGAGGAACGAGAGAAGCUACUCCAGAAAUCCAUGGAAAGCCAACCGGAUUUUAGCGCCCUCGAACAACAGAUUCGAGACAUGCAUAAACAGCUCCAAACCCGAGAGUCGCAGGACUCCAUGGGCGCGGAGCGGUUAGAAACGAUUGCUCACCUGCGGCAGCAAAUGCACCUCACCCAAGAACAGCUGAAGAAACGUGAUGAAACCCUGGAUCAGACAAUGGCCAAGCUGAAAGAAAUCACCCUGUCAAAGGAGGCUCUGCUUCACGAGAAAAACGCCGAAAUUGAUAGGCUCAGGGGCGAAAUUGAUGAUCAAGCUCUGGAGAACGCCAGAUUAGAGACGGAGCUCGAGCGGGUCAACGCCGAUUAUGAAACACUUGAAGAUAGGCUGACCACUCUGGAGACUAGAAGCGGCCCACUUGAGGAGAGAAAUCAUUCUCUAGAGGCGGAUCUCACUCGUGUCCAGUCCCAAGUGGAAGCCCAAGAAAGUGCCCUGAAGGCCGUAGCCGCGGAUCUGCCCUUUAGCAGCCGAAGCACCUACAGCGAGAUCCUCGACCUAAUCAAGGACCUCGGUGGGUCAGAUCCUGCACCUAGGCCUGAGUCUUCGUUCAAGGAGAAAUAUUUCGAGGACGGAGAUAUGCAGCAUCUGGGCCAGGAGUUCGCCAAGCUUCAGCAUGAACUCCAAGAAGCUAUUGUGGCCCAGAAGGCUGCGGAUGCCGAGGCCAGUUGUCUCAAGGCCCAGGCUUCAGAAACCCAGAACCUUAUCAAAACUAUCGAAGCGGAGAACGCACGCCUUACUGCUCGAGUGGAAGAGCUGACCUCGAGCCUGAAUAUGACUCAGCGCGAACUCACGCGGACACAAGAAGAGCACGCUAAAUCUCUCGAGACAAUCGCUCGUCUUCAAGAGGAACAUCUUGACCUACCCACGAGCCCUCCACUUGCACCACGGACAGCCCACGGCACCACUGAUGCCAAGGGGCGAGACGCUACAGACACGGCAGAACUGGAAGCAUUCCAUCAAACCCAAAUUCGAAGCCUCCAAACCGCUCACUCCACUGCCAUCUCCACUCUCCGCUCCUCUCAUGCCGAUUCUAUGCGCAAAAUUCGCAACCUUCUCACAGCCGCCGAAGCACGCGAAGCAGAACUGCGCACCGAACUCACCACCAUCCGUACCUCGGUCUCUACUCAAGAACAGCAACUGCGAACGACGUUCAAAUCUGAGAUCAGACGCCUGAAAGCUGUCAUCGCCGCCAAGGAUGAAACUGCUGCCGCAGUUGACGAGCGCAUCGCAUUGUCUGUAGAUAAGCGAGAGUGUGAAUGGGAACGUCGCAUGGAUCUGCUGCUCAAAGAGCGUGACCGCAUGGCUAAGGUCCUCAUGAUGUAUUGGGGCGAAAAGGAGACGGGUAAGGGACCUGGUCCCUUGGCUGAGGGCAAGGAGAAUCGUCGGCGAGAUGGAGAUCGUGCUGAAACGAAGCAAGGCCAGGCUUAUAAGUAUAAAUACGCCACUAAGCAUCGGUCUAAGAGUGGAGAGAAGAAGGUAUAG